CGGAUGCGCGGCCUGGGCGGAGGCCGAGCGUCUGCGUCUCUCCCGAGCCGCGGGGGGUGCGGCCUGCGAGGCGCGGACCGCGCUCCCGGGACCCGAGGCCCUGGCCCCGGGCCAAUCAGCCGUCAGGACUCGUGAUAAAUCGCCCGGCUCCGCCCAGGAGCGGAACCGCGGGACCUGCGCGCUCCGCCGAGGGGUGUGACUUCCCAACUCCGCGGCCGGGCGGUGUGCAGCAGGCCCCUCGCGGGCGGUCGCGGGCGCCGGGUCGUCACGCCAUGUCGCGGCGCAAGCAGGCGAAGCCCAAGCAGCUGGCCCGCGCGGAGCCGGAGCCUGCGCGCCGGGAGGUGGCGAGGGUGGCGCGCGAGGCGGCCGGGGAGUCGGCUUCAGAACUAGAUAAUGAUGCCCCCAAACCAACUUGUCCCUCCUCUGACAGCAGCGACACCCAGAAAGCCCCUGUCGUGGCUCCUCCUUCCGAGUCAAAGCAACAAACGGCCACCCUUGGAGAGAGGACAUUCAACUGCUGCUACCCAGGUUGCCACUUCAAAACUGUUCACGGCAUGAAAGAUUUGGACCGCCACCUACGAAUCCAUACGGGCGACAAACCACACAAGUGUGAGUUCUGUGACAAGAGCUUCUGCCGGAAGGACAAUCUGACCAUGCACAUGCGGUGCCACACCAGCGUGAAGCCCCACAAGUGUCACCUGUGCGACUACGCCGCCGUGGACAGCAGCAGCCUCAAGAAGCACCUGCGGAUCCACUCCGACGAGCGGCCCUACAAGUGCCAGCUCUGCCCCUACGCCAGCCGCAACUCCAGCCAGCUCACCGUCCACCUCCGGUCCCACACGGGGGAAACCCCCUUCCAGUGCUGGCUGUGUAGCGCCAAGUUCAAAAUCAGCUCGGACUUGAAAAGGCACAUGAUCGUGCACUCGGGGGAGAAGCCUUUCAAGUGCGAGUUCUGUGACGUCCGCUGCACCAUGAAAGCGAACCUCAAGUCGCACAUCCGCAUCAAGCACACCUUCAAGUGCCUGCACUGCAGCUUCCAGGGCCGGGACCGGGCGGACCUGCAGGAGCACAGCCGGCUGCACCAGGCCGACCACCCCGAGAAGUGCCCCGAGUGCAGCUACUCCUGCUCCAGCGCGGCCGCCCUGCGCGUGCACAGCUGGGUCCACUGCAAGGACCGCCCCUUCAAGUGCGACUUCUGCAGCUUCGACACCAAGCGGUCCAGCAGCCUGGCCAAGCACUUCGACAGGGUGCACAGGGACGAGGCCAAAACGGAGAACCGGGCCCCGCAGGGCAAGGAGGGGCCCUGAGACGGCGGCUCUCCGCACGUGGCCAAAGUCAUCAUAACUCAGCGGGCCUUCCGCUGCGAGACCUGCGGGGCCGCCUUCGUCUGGGAUGACUCUCUGCGAUGCCACAGGAAGCAGCACAGCGACCAGAGCGAGACCAAGAACUCAGACGUGGUCACCUUUCCGCCCAAAAGUGGUGCCUCGGGGCAGCCGGGCGCCCUGGUCUCCGCGGGGCAACUGGAGGCCGCCCUGGAGCCCGGCCUCUGAUCCCAUGAGGAGGGGUGUGAACCGCCCAGAAACCCAGGCAAAGGCUGUUCCCAGCCAUUGGGUGUGGCCAUCAAGCCAGACUUUGUCACCAGCUCUGGGCAUGGCUGCCCCCACCUCAUGGGCCUCCAGACACCCCGGCUGCAGUCCCUGUGGCCAGAAGGCAGAUGCCUCCCGCCGCUGUCCUCCCUCCAAGAAGCCACGAGGCAAGGUGACCAGUCGGCCAGGUGACCAGGGUGGGCCCCCUGAGCGCUGCUCUGCCCAGUAGGACAGCUUCUUUAUGAUGGACUCUAGCUCUGAGACGGGGCCGCCUCUGGUGCAGUUAUUAAACGACUGAGACUACAUGGGACACGAAAACUAAACUGACCUAUUAGUGGGAACGGUUAGGGAGAGGAUGGGUGCACGGAGGCUCUGGGAAGCUCUGGCUCUUAACCCUGGUGGUGGUGGGUUUAAGAGUGCUCGCCUUACACGUUUUUGUAUGGUUCCUCUUGUCAGUUGUAGUAAAAUAAAACUCGUCUGCCUAAGGCUGUAAGAGGGACACUCGUUUCCUCCCGUGGA